UGUAAAGUAGUCGUUUUUUUUAACAAAUAUAAAAAAACUGGCACUUUUACAGGAAUCACCAUGGUCGGAAAAUUCUCAAGCACCUUCGCUGUCUUCACCGUAGCAGUCUUUAUCUCUUCUCUGGAUUACAUCAACACCAACCCAGCUAUCGCUACCGGCUACGACCCUCUUGAAAUCUGCAUCGAGAAUUGUGCACUCUGCAAGAAAAUGUUGGGCGCUUGGUUCGAAGGUCCCCUCUGCGCUGAAUCCUGCAUCAAGUACAAAGGGAAACUGGUCCCUGAGUGUGAAGACUAUGCUUCAAUCGCGCCAUUCCUUAACAAACUUUAAAAAUGUUAUUUACCUCUAUCGUCCGAUUUUAGAAAUUGCCAACAAUGUACAAUCUAGGAACGAUCAACUAUUGAAUGUUUUUGCUUUUAUUAGCUAUAUUAUGAUCUUACGUGUAUUGGAGAGUAGGUAUUAUAAUUAAUUGCAAUGAAUAUGAUGUACUUACAAUAUUUGCUUUAAAUUUGAAGCCAGCAACAUUUAUUAUUAAAAGAGCAAAAUAUAGCAAUAACUUUAUUUCUGGCAACUUCUACAAAAUCGGCUAUUCAUAAUACUCAUUUACUUAAAGCCUACACAAUUAUCUAUAGAUUUAUAUAUUGUUUCGAAGUUCAGCUACGAACUUUGAUAUAAUGCCAAAGCAUUUAAACUUUAAGUUAUUUAUACAGGGUGGUAUAAUGUAAGAUUUUUAUGUAAUAAAUCGAAUGAAUAAAAAAUGUGUUGUUUUUAAA